AUGAAAUUAAAUGCACUAAUUAAAGACAUUCAGAAAGAGAAAAUUUUUGGAGUGGUAGAUGCAGUAAUUUACACCAUUGAAUUUCAAAAAAGGGGAUUGCCACAUGCUCACAUUUUGAUAUUCUUGAGCAAGAGUAACCCUUACCCUAAUCCUAAAGAUAUUGACAUGAUCAUAUCUGCCGAGAUUCCAAGUCAAUUGUGCGAAUCUAAGUAUUAUAAAGCUGUAGAAGAAUUUAUGAUUCACGAUCCAUGUGGUGCAGUUAGGAAGAAUUCACCUUGCAUGCUAAAUGGUAUGUGCUCUAAAUUCUUCCCCAAAAAAUUUGUUGAAAACUCAACAGUGGAUUUUGAUGGAUAUCCAAUAUAUCGGCGUAGAGAUAAUGGUCGUACAGUACAGAAGAAUGGGAUUGACCUUGAUAUUAGAUAUGUUGUUCCACACAAUAGACAUUUGCUUAUGAAGUAUAGGGCUCAUAUUAAUGUGGAGUGGUGCAACCAAUCUAGGUCAAUAAAGUACUUAUUCAAGUACGUCAACAAGGGUAAUGAUAGAGUCACAGCUGAAUUCUACAAUAGUGGGGUGGAAGAAUCUACUGGAAAGAUUAUAGAUGAAAUCAAGAUGUACUAUGACUGUAGAUAUAUUUCACCCCCUGAGGCCGCGUGGAGGAUUUUUGCGUUUGACAUACAAUUUAGGAAUCCAUCUGUUGAGCGCUUGAGUUUUCAUCUCCCCAAUGAGCAAUCAAUAAUAUCUCAUGACGACGAUUUGGUCAAUGAUGUUGUAAAUCGACCGACAGUAGCUCAAAGCAUGUUUACGGCCUGGUUUGACGCUAAUAAAAAAUACGCGGCAGGAAGACAAUUGACUUAUUCACAGAUGCCAACCAAAUUUGUUUGGAAGAAUGAUAAAAGAGAAUGA